AGUGGUAAAGGGAGCUGGCGGAGGGGCGGCAGGAGGGGCAGGGCCCGGCCCCCUACGCGGAGGGCGGGCUCGGAGGACCAGGCUGGGUCUCCGCGCGUCCACGCCUGUGUUGGUCCGCAACCCCUGGCAGCUAGAGGCUAGGGUUUAUUGGACAGUCAGUGUGGGGUUCCGAGGGUUGGCAAUCAAUCCUCCGAAUCCACAGAUUGGGCACCGGUCAUCAGUAUUAGCACCCAGGGGGUUGGUGGGUUCAGUGUUUAGGAUGCCAAGGGAACCUGUCUUUUGAUUCGCGGUUCAACAUAUAGAGGUUUAAGUAGCAGUCACCAUCAUGCUCAAAGCUGUGAUCCUGAUUGGAGGCCCUCAGAAGGGGACUCGCUUCAGGCCUUUGUCUUUUGAGGUGCCCAAACCACUGUUUCCUGUGGCUGGGGUCCCUAUGAUCCAGCACCAUAUUGAGGCCUGUGCCCAGGUCCCUGGGAUGCAGGAGAUUCUGCUUAUUGGCUUCUACCAACCAGAUGAGCCCCUUACCCAGUUCCUAGAAACUGCCCAGCAGGAGUUUAACCUUCCAGUCAGGUACCUUCAGGAAUUUGCCCCCCUGGGCACAGGGGGUGGUCUCUACCAUUUUCGGGACCAGAUCCUGGCUGGAGGCCCCGAGGCUUUCUUCGUACUUAAUGCUGACGUCUGCUCCGACUUCCCCUUGAAUGCUAUGUUGGAUGCCCACAGACGCCAGCGUCACCCUUUCUUACUCCUUGGCACCACGGCUAACAGGACGCAGUCCCUCAACUACGGCUGCAUCGUUGAGAAUCCACAGACGCACGAGGUUCUGCACUAUGUGGAGAAACCCAGCACGUUUAUCAGUGAUAUCAUCAACUGUGGCAUCUAUCUCUUCUCUCCGGAAGCCCUGAAGCCUCUUCGGGAUGUCUUCCAGCGCAAUCAGCAGGAUAGGCAACUCUGCCUUGCUCUGGGGGAGGACUCUCCAGGCUUGUGGCCGGGGGCAGGUACCAUCCGCCUGGAACAGGAUGUGUUCUCGGCCCUGGCAGGGCAAGGCCAGAUAUAUGUGUACCUCACUGACGGGAUCUGGAGCCAGAUCAAGUCUGCAGGUUCAGCGCUCUACGCCUCCCGCCUUUAUCUGGGCCGCUACGAGUUCACUCACCCAGAACGGCUGGCCAAGCACACGCCAGGAGGUCCACAAAUCCGAGGAAAUGUUUACAUCCACCCAACGGCUAAGGUGGCCCCAUCGGCUGUGCUGGGCCCCAACGUCUCCAUUGGGAAGGGGGUGACAGUGGGCGAGGGUGUGCGUCUCCGGGAGAGCAUUGUCCUCCACGGAGCCACGUUACAGGAGCACACGUGUGUUCUGCACAGCAUCGUGGGCUGGGGGAGCACCGUGGGGCGCUGGGCCCGCGUGGAGGGUACCGCCAAUGACCCCAACCCCAACGACCCCCGGGCCCGCAUGGACAGUGAGAGCCUCUUCAAGGACGGGAAGCUGCUGCCUGCCAUCACCAUCCUGGGCUGCCGCGUCCGGAUCCCUGCCGAGGUGCUCAUCCUGAACUCGAUUGUUCUGCCACACAAAGAGCUGAGCCGCAGCUUCACCAACCAGAUCAUCCUCUGAGGGGGGCUGCCAGAAGGCCCCCCCCAACUCCUACCCGCUCCCCUGGAGGCUGCUGCUUGCUUGGCCAGUCUCUGUCCAGAAAGGACCAGAGGAAGCCAGGCAGGACCUUCACAUGCUGGGAGCAGUGUGGGUGGCCCAGGACUUCUGGCCUCCCUCCCAGCUCCCUAAUAAACCCCGUGAACCUUGGA